CAUAAUAGACAUCAAAAUACAAAUUAUUUCAGCUUUAACAUGGUAGCACUCUAAGCCAUCAAAUUUCCAGAAUUUCAGCUCUUUGGUGAAUCCAGUUUCAAAACAAUGAUGCAUCACACAACAAUCCUGCUUAGUUAUGUAGAUUAGUUCCUCUUCUUAAAUUGCUUUAACCAGAGGUAAGGCUUUAUAAACAACACAAAUGGACAUCGCUUUCGGUGAACUUUGCUAUAUUGAUCCAAUGAAAGGAACUAAUCCAUUCUAAAAACAUACAAAGAAAUUAGGUAUGACAAAGAAAUGUUUGAGUUCUAAAUAGGUGGGAUUAGAAGGAUUAUACAAAAGGUUACUCCUUAAUAUGAGUCAUUUUAAAAGCAUGAACUCAUCAGCCAUUGAAGUAGUUUCCAUUCAACCUGUAAAAUAUAUAAAGUGUACCAUUCCAGAAAUGGAAAACAAUUAUUUACCACUGGAAAAGCUUUCUUAGAAUUUGAGAAGUGCCAAACCUCUCUGCAAGCAUUAAAUAACUAAAAAAUGUGCAUCUCAUCAUAUAUCCUAAUUCUCUCCCUUCUCUCUCUUCUUUCUCAAGGUUUUCUACUCUCAAAGUCUCUGCAAGAGGUAGAAGAUGAAGAUACAUUGCUAGCUGCAUUAAAUCUAGGAAAAACUCUACAAAACGGAGAUAAAAUUAAGAACAGGGGAGCUAUACCAUUGCUGAAGCACUACAAGACUGAAGACAGCAGUGUUUUCAAUGAUAAGAAUGCUGGAAACAUGAAGUUUUUGGACAGAGGUUCCAGACAGGAUUUCUUCAAUCAUGUCAUGCCAAUCAACUUAGGUAGAAAGCAACUACCUUAUCCUGCACUGAAGGGAGCCAUGGCUUUUCCAGUUGACACUGAAAUUCAAAAUAUUGAGUCAAUACAGGAAAGAGAGACCACAAAUGAAAAAAAUUCAGCUAAGUUCCCUAUAGGAAGAAGAGAUUUUGACAGUAAAUAUUUUUUACUUUUAUAA